CCCACAUGCCCUCUGACAUAAUUUCCUGUCCAACUGAGCAGAGACCAAGGCAAACUCUCUCUAAUGGGACAAUUAGUCAUGUUUAUUCAGGAGAAUGCCAUUCAUUAUCAAACACAUGCCCGUCUUAUUCAAAUCAACCAGGUUGUAGUUAGAGUCAGUUAAUCUGAUUUAGAUUAAUGUGUAGGGCCAAUAUACUACAACACAGUGAACAUUGAUUGCCACAUUGACAUACUGUAGGCAGACCUGGUUUCAAGUACUAUUUAAAAUCUUUAAAAUACUUGUUUUAGAAUAACUGUACUGCCAGAUGGGUGAGGUUUGCACUUUGUGACUGUUCUAUUACACUGGACAGAAAUAUAAAUGCAACAUGUAACAAUUUCAAAGAUUUUACUGAGUUACAGUUCAUAUAAGGAAAUCAGUCAAUGAAUUAGGCACAAAUCUAUGGAUUUCACAUGACUGGGAAUACAGAUAUGAAUCUGUGAGUCACAGACACCUAAAAAAAAAGUGGGGCGUGGAUCAGAAAACCAGUCAGUAUCUGGUGUGACCACCAUUUGCUUCAUGCAGUGCGACACAUCUCCUUCGCAUGGAGUUGAUCAGACUGUUGACUGAGGCCUGUGGAAUGUUGUCCCACUCUUCAAUGGCUGUGCGAAGUUGCUGGAUAUUGGUGGGAAUUGGAAUACGUUAUCGUACACAUCGAUCCAGAGCAUUCCAAACGUGCUCAAUGGAUAACAUGUCUGGUGAGUAUGUAGGAACAUUUUCAGCUUCCAGGAAUUGUGUACAGAUCCUAGCGACAUUGGGGCCGUGCAUUAUCAUGCUAAAACAUGAGAUGAUGGCGGAGGAUGAAUGGCAUGACAAUGGGCUUUAGGAUCUGGUCACGGUAUCUCUGUGCAUUCACAUUGCCAUCACUAAAUGCAAUUGUGUUCGUUGUCCAUAGCUUAUGCCUGACCAUAACCAACCCCACCACCACCAUUGGGUACUCUGUUCACAAGGUUGACAUCAGCAAACCACUCAGCCACACAACCCCAUACACACUGUCUGCCAUUUGUUCGGUACAGUGGAAACCGGGAUUCAUCCGUGAAGAGCACACUUCUCCAGCGUGCCAGUGGCCAUCGAAGCUGCUGUACUUCAUCCUGUGCACAGUGGGCCUGGUCCUCUCUGUCCUGGUCAUGGCCUUCUCUGGCCACCAUUAUGCUCAGACCAACGGAUUCAGCUGCCUGGAGGUGGGAGAUGACUGCAUGUGUACCCUAGACCCCCACGACCCAAUCGCCAGGACCUUCACCUACGCGGGAGUCAGCGACUGCGGAGAGGUCACAGGCACCCUGAAGUUGUACUUCCUGCUUCAGAUUGCCCUGAACCUGACCCAGGCGCUGGUGUGUGCCCUGGGGGCCUUCGUCAUGUGGAAGCACCGCUACCAGGUGUUCUUUGUGGGACUACAGAUAGGCUCACCCUCCUUCCAGCACUGGCAGAAGGUCUGAUGGGAAAUGUAGAAGAAAAAAAGAGGCCCAUGAUGAUGCUGAUACCACUAUUGAGGGUAGAGUAAGUCGGAGAGCAGCCAAUCAACAUUUUGGCUCAUUCUACUUGAAUGGACAGAGAUGUAUUACACGAAACACUUUGGUGUGUGCGUAAAUGUGUGUGUUUUGGUUGUUCUCAAUCAUAUUUACAUUUUGGGGUGGUUGACUUCUUCUAUAAUGGCUUUUCGCACAACUUUUAUAUACUGAGUGGAGAACUUUAUUCGCAGUUGCCAAUGCUACAUGAGAUACUGUAUUUCUAAUAGAUGAAAAUAUUCAAAACUACCAAACUGUCAGUUUUGGAAUGAUCUACCAUGAUGUUCAAUGUAUUUUUGUCAGGGAUUUCAAAGUAAUUCAGCAAAAAUCUUUAUUAUGCCUCUACAAUUGAAUGUAUACACUCUAUAAUAGUGUUGAUUAUGUUACAAUUAAAGCAAACUCAAGACACUUUUCUCAUACUGUAGUCGUAAAAACUAUUCUUGCUGCGCAAGUAUUCAUCUCUAUAAUCUUCUAUCAUACUGCUGUUUAGGACUGUGGGGAAUGCUAUUGUUUUCAACCCCAAUCGGCCUUCAACUUGAGAUACUCAAUGAGAGUGGGCAGCACUGAGCUAGCCUGCAACAUCACUUCCUGGAGUAGCUCAAACUGAGCAUGUUAUCAAAAGACAGCGCAGUAGGAAGAUAUGCAGAAACUGCUUCUCCAAUAAAAAUCCCCGAUCACAUUGUAGGCAAUGUCAUGGCGAAGUUCAUGCACAGAAAGACGUCAUCGGGUCUAACGGUUGUCUCGGGCCGAACUGCGCAUUUGCAGGCCGUCAAUUCAAAAGGGACUCCUUUGUUAUAAUUAAGGAAGAAUUUAACUUCUCUCAUCAACUUCACAAACCCCGGACAGGUCUGCUUGGUCUGUUUCGCAAGCGUUCCCAGAAGUCACGCCUCUGGGAUUAGGAACUGCGAUUUUAUGUCUUGAGAAUCCCCACCAAGAGAUUCCAUUUUAGCAAACUAAAACAGUUUUCCCGAGCUCCAAAUGCACCGUUGAGUCUUCACAUAGGAAUAAAUGGUGUGACGUCAUCUAUGGCUUUGUACAUUCAUAUACAGUCAAUGGUUUAACUGCAUUGGCAGAGGGUGAGGAGCAGGGUGGAAAAUAAGUGAGGGAAUUAUGCUCUCUUAUGCUCUCCUUUUGCAAUUGCAUAUUUAGCACUUGACUUUGAUUAUGAUGGACUAUCACACAAACAGUGGUACAUAUUUUGUAAUACAGUAAUACAGUAUUUUGGGGCAAAAGAGGCUACUCAUUUCAUCUUUCCUUUCAGCCAAUAGAUGUGUCUGUAGCAUUUGGGACUGUUGACAUAAUGCCAUCUUUGUAUGAAUCAGGGAAAACCCCUGACUGAAUACAGCAGUACAGCCUGGUGUGUUAUUGCAUUUACUAACCACUCAGAGUGGAGACAUACUGGUGCUGAGAGGAGGCAUGUGGAGGCUAUCAACAAUACCAGUGGCCUCCAGUCAUGACUCAAGCAGCCAGGCAAAACCAAAACUGCUGCAAUCGCUGGGGGAGGGCUGGGCUGGGGAGGGGUAGGUAAAGGGGUACUCAGACAGACAACUGAACUGUGCCACCCCAAGAGGGAAACUAAGUUUAUAAUGGCUCAUUUAGCUGGAUAGUGUCCCUCCAACAGUGAAGACGUUAAAUCAGUUGUUUAAAGGUUUGGUGUACGUUGUCUUAUGCUAAAUGAAUUUAGGUGGAUUGUAGAUCACAUUUUAGGUGCUUGUACUGGACAGCAUUUGCCAAUGACACAUCUAGAGACGAGAGCAACAUGACAAACAGAAGCAGAAAAUAUGAGAAUUUGAGCUAAUGAGUGGUGGGUGGUAACAUGGUAAUUACUGUGCAUUAGAGAUCGUAUGGUCUAGUCUUUGUACAUAAUACACAAAGAGAAGUGUUUGAGAAUAGCAAAAUCUGUGUUUUAUCUUCAAUAGACACCUUAUUACUGGUGCUUGAGCAUUUUGCGUCACUUACAUGUACAUUAGAGAAAGAACUACUGCCGAUGUCCGUGUACAUUUUCUAAGCCUUUUAGCAUGGUCUCAUAUUUACUAUUAAUAAAUGGUGUUGACUUUUAAGUCCUUA